CAAUGCGCCCGCUGUAAUUUCCUUUUUCUGGGUUUUAGGGUUUUUGUAUUGGUGAACGCAGUUCUACUUCCAAUCUCACGACAGAGAGAGCCAACAUGACUGCCCCAACUCAGGAAGAGCUACUCGCUGCCCAUCUUGAGGAGCAGAAGAUCGAUGAUAAGCUUGAAGAUCCUAUAGUUGAAGAUGAUGACGAAGAUGACGAUGAGGAUGAUGAUGAUGAGAAAGAUGAUGAAGCUGAGGCAGGACAACUGGAUGGAGAUGCCAGUGCUAGGUCAAAGCAAAGCAGAAGCGAAAAGAAGAGCCGAAAAGCAAUGUUAAAGCUUGGGAUGAAACCUAUUCCCGGUGUUAGCAGGGUUACUGUUAAGAAGAGCAAAAAUAUCUUGUUUGUUAUCUCAAAACCGGAUGUUUUUAAGAGCCCAACAUCAGAUACUUAUGUUAUCUUUGGGGAGGCAAAGAUUGAGGACUUGAGUUCACAACUGCAGACCCAGGCUGCCGAGCAGUUUAAGGCGCCUGAUCUCAGUCACGUUAUCUCCAAACCCGAGUCGUCGGCCAUGGCUCAAGAUGAUGAAGAGGUGGAUGAGACUGGAGUAGAGCCUAAGGAUAUUGAGCUGGUGAUGACUCAGGCAGGCGUAUCCAGGCCAAAGGCUGUGAGGGCACUAAAAGAUGCCGGGGGAGAUAUAGUUUCUGCUAUCAUGGAGCUUACCAACUGAGAAUCUUAUUAAGAUUUUGUUGUGCAAUGAUUACUGGCACUUUAUUUAUAAAUGUCCGGAGUAGUGUGUGCCUUGAGUCUUGGAAUAUUUUUAAUUUUCUUUCUUUUUGCGCUCUCUGUUUUCAUCUGUUGUAUCGCUAGACAGAUAAUGCAUUUUCCAGAGAUGAAUGGACAUGAACUAGAUGAUUUGGAGUUUAUGUGGGAAAUCAAAUGCAUUGGAUAUGUGAUAUGAUGUUAUAUGGCAGUAUCUUGUACUAUUUUCAUCA